UGCUCUCAGCUUUAGUGAGGAGGAAGUGACACUAGACUCAGGUAGAUGGAGUGAAAACGACUGGUAGCCACGUUGUGAAGUUAACAUGUCUGUAAACGAGCCAAGGUUACUAUAUGAGGGCUUUCUGCAGAAGAGAAAAGAUAGACUGAAAAUAAUGUGGGUCACGUACUGGUUCAGGCUUCAAAACGCAACCUUGUUCUUUUAUACUAAGAAGAAUGGCAGAGCUUCGCACUUAAGAGGACAUUACUACAUAUACACGGUGCAGUCAGUCCGAGAGGUCCACAAAACAGGCAGGAAGCACUUCAUGUUUGAAAUAGUUAUGACAAAUGGAAAGAGAAAAAUGUUGGCAGCAGACACAGCAGCUCUCAGAAAGGAGUGGGUUACACACCUUUGGCAGGCCAUGCAUCUCUCUGGCUCAGGGAUGUUGGACUCUAGAGACACACACCUCAAUACAUGUGAGCAACAAGAGAAUUUAAACAGCAGGACAUUCGUCUGCUCAGACAGAGACAGCAUGAUGGAGCAGCUGCCUGCUCAGCCUCUGUCUCCGCCCACUCAUUCAAACCACACCUACACUGAGGCCACCUCUACCAUUUGCCCCCCUGAGGAGCAGGACUGUGAGGAGACGACUUCCGAGAACAUACUACUGCCCUCUGACGACCACAUUCUGAGUGAUCACAGCAUCAGUUAUCCUCAGUGGUCCAGCGAGAUGAGCAGAGCAGAGGAGACACAUGACGGCGUCUAUGACGUGUUACCUCGCAGAAGUAACAUACAGGAAUAUGAUGACCCUUCAACAGAGAUGCUUGAGGAUGUGUAUGACACCCCUAUGUCCUACAGGACUUCUCUUGAACUUAAUGACCCCACAGACAGCAUCUAUGACGUACCAAGCUGCCUUUUAAGAAAGACAUGUAAUCUAACCAUAGAUGAGCUGCCAGAGGAAGGAAUCUACAACAACAUAUGAGCUGUGCUCUAGGUCAAUGACAUCGGCAGCAUCGUUCAUAUAGCUUCUUAAUAAGAGUCACACAGGAAACUGCACUGCUGAUACUUUUGUCUACAUUUAAGGUGGCGGACAAAUGUUUCACCUUUGUUAAAACAGGCCAAACCACAGUUGCGAGGCUCAAUUGUUUAUUAAAGCUCCUUCUUGACAGAGAACCAUAAAAUCAUUUAUAGCUACAGAGACCAUACUGUACAAAAACAGGUACAUACACUGUAGAUCAGUCACACAGCAGACAGCAAAACAACUCAUUUACAUGUCACAACUUUAAGUA